AUGGCUCUCGCUGCGAACCGUGCCAUGGGAUUCGCCCUGGUUGCGGUCGGCGUCACGCUCCUCGCCGGUUUCCUUUACGCCGCCGUCCUGUCCAAGGUGCUUCCACCGCCGGACAACUGGUUCUUACUUGCUGUUCGAAAUGACAGGUACUACUGCUUGCUUGUGCCACUGACGGCCCCCAUGAUAAUCGUGGCUGUGUACCUCCACUGGAUGAGCAUGAAGAUGUUCAAGCAUGCGUGAGGACUAAUCAAGCGCAAGGAAAUCA